CAAUUCUUAAUUAAAAUUUCUUCCCUAAACUGCGGAAGCGGUACAGAUGCAUUCAUCGGCGUCAGCAGCUCAAACAUUUAAUCGCCAGUGAGGCAAGCUCCAACGCCUAAAAAUAAACUCACCCACAUCUAAUUAAGAUCCCUUUCUUCUCUUUGGCGAUCUCAACAGAGAGACUAGAGAAACCUAAAUUUGAAAAAAUAAAAUAAAAAAAGGAGGAAAGAAAGAAAGAAGAAAAGGAGGAACAGAGCAAUCUCUUAACACGAAACCGAACAGAGUUUUAGAAAGAUAGAGAGAAAUUCAAUUUAAAAAAAAAAAUCGUAGAAAGAGUGAGAGAGAUGAAGAUCACGGCCCUAUUGGUAUUGAAGUGCAACCCCGAGGGAUCGGAUCCGGUUAUUUUAGCAAACGCGAUGGAUGUGAGUCAUUUCGGAUAUUUCCAACGUUCUAGCGUUAAGGAAUUCAUAUUUUUCGUCGGUCGAACCGUAGCUAAACGGACCCCACCCGGCCAACGCCAAUCAGUCCAGCACGAAGAGUACAAAGUGCAUACUUAUAACCGAAAUGGACUAUGCGCGUUGGGAUUUAUGGAUGAUCAUUAUCCGGUUCGCAGUGCAUUUUCCCUUCUCAAUCAGGUGAUUGAUGAGUAUCAAAAGAAUUUUGGUGAAUCUUGGAGGGCUGCACAAGCGGAUAGCACUCAACCUUGGCCGUAUUUGAAUGAAGCUUUGACCAAGUUCCAAGAUCCUGCGGAGGCGGACAAAUUGUUAAAAAUCCAGAGGGAGUUGGAUGAGACAAAAAUUAUCCUUCAUAAGACCAUUGAUAGUGUGCUUGCACGAGGUGAGAAACUUGACAGUUUAGUUGAGAAGAGUUCUGAUCUGAGUGCUGCAUCACAGAUGUUCUACAAGCAGGCGAAGAAAACCAAUCAAUGUUGUACCAUACUGUAGGCUUUCAAGGGAAGCAUCCCAACGCAAGGGCUUCUCAUUUCAUUUGUCGUGGUGUUGAAGAAGCGGGUGGAUGGCCAAAUUGUGAUUGUAACAUCAUUCAUCAGUUGUUUGUGGCAGAGUUGUGGGAUUUCUCCUUUCUGGAUAUUUGUCUCUGGAAUCAAAAAGAAAGGAAACCAGAUAUUGACGAAUGAGUUUCUUAUUAGAGCUUUGUAUCCUUCGUGUUGCCUAGCAAAUAUCAAUAGUUCUCAUACGCAUGAGUGUUGCAUGCA